CACGCAGUCACAGUCACUGCUCUAGGGAUAUCUCUCUCUUUCUUUCUCUGACUCUGCAACUCUGUCUCUCUCAACUCGCCGACUUUCCAUCCCAAAGCGCCACAACGCCAGGCUCCACGACUCUAACCAUGACUUGCUACCUGCCGGGUCUGCUCCUCGUGGCGUUGCUGUUCGUGAGCGGAGGGCACAGCCUCGAUUGCUACUCGUGCAGCACGAACAACGACAAUGCUGCGUGCAACGCGGGCGGCCCCACCACGUGUCUCGCAUCGUACGACACCUGCAUGACAAUCCUAGGCUACCAGGGCUCCUCCUACGCCGUCAACAAGCAGUGCGUGACCAAGGCUGCAUGCGACGCCGUCAAGAAAUACGACGGCACCACCAACGGAGUCACAGUGCUCACCACGUGUUGCCAGAGCGACGGCUGCAACGUCAACGCCGCCCCUCGCCCAUUGGGCGCAGCUCACGUGACCCUGGCCCUGCUGGGCGUGGCCAUCAGCGUCGUGGUCAGCAGGGCUCUGGUGUAGGUCGUGACGUCACAGCCGCACCCCCCCCCCCCCCCCACGUGCCUGGGUUCGGUCCAAUCACUUUCCCCUUCCAUUCGGUUAUCUCACGACGCUUCCACCAGUGGAGCUGUGCAACGUUUAAAUCGUCUAGAUUGUUGCGUUAUGCUGCUAAAGAAGUUCAAAGUACAAAUACAUAGAAACAAGUAGACUCAUCACACCGGGACUCAAAGACUCAUUACACAGAGACCCAGAGACUCAUCAUACAGUUACCCAAGUGGGGAAUGAUAUACCAUCACUUAUAUAGAGCUAGACAGUGGAUCCUGUAUGGCAGAAGAGAAUGGGAAGGUCUUUAACCUGGACUGGGAACAGGUCACGUAGGGUGUUCAGAGAGUGUGCGGAUGAUUGGGGGGUGAAAGGAAGUCCUAUACUCAAGGUGGGGUGGUGGGUGGGGUAGCAGAUUUGUGUGACCCUUACCGAUGGCAUUUACAAGGUUCCGCUCAAUUUACCGAAUGGGAUGCGUUUCUCGAACAUCUAAAAAACAGACUCACGCGCGUAAAACUAAAGUUGUAAUUCGCAACGGCUUUACCCGUUUGGUUCAAUACUUAAACUUCGGGGGGGGGGGGGGUGUAUCGGACAGUCAUUCCAAAUCGAAAAAAAAAAUGCAAUACAUCUUCGUAACUUUUGAGGAUGCAAAAAAUGUGUAAUAAAAUUAUAAAAAAACGUGCAUAUUACAACGAUUAAAUAAUAACAAUAUAUUUUAAAGAACUAUUAAUAAAACAAAUUGCUGCAUGUUGGAAUGACCGGAGAGGGUUAGAGCUACCCCAGGUCAGUAGUGGGGCCUUACACCUGGUUAAAAUAGUAAAUAAAUGGUUUAGUUUUACUCGAAAAACAAAACAGCGUCUGUCAUUUCUAAAUCGCGUUCACGCGAAAUUUCGUAAAUAUAAGACGUUCGUGAAUCGAGGGAUAUCGCCUGUACCUGAUUACAAUGCUUAUACCUCUCGUUCUAUUAUCUCUUACUCAACAAACAAUUGUCAAACAAAAUGCAUGUUGUAUGUUGCUUGGAAGAUGGCCGACUUUUAAUGGUUUUUACUUUUUAAAAUUAAAUUAAUCUUGCUCGA